AAUUUGCCUUUUAAUUACACCUUUUUAAGUAAUGGUUGUUUUAGGCCUUUAGGAUUUUGAAGGGACCCAAGCCCAAAAAUUCCCCCAUUUUACGAAUAUGAGGAAAUCCCUAAUUUUAUUUGGGCUUCAUUAUCCAUAUCAAUUUACGCAUCAUUUCCUUCAAAUCGAUUAUGGCAGCUAGCAGUAGUAGCACCAGCUGAUUCAGCCGAUUCCCGGCGAAGAAUUAAAGGAAUUUGACGAUGGAAACGAGAAAAUUCGAAGCUCGGAAGCUGCUCAAGGACAGGAGGUUCUGGGUCGCCUCUUUCAUCAUUGCGUGGGCCGCUGCUCUCCAGGGGCACAUGAUGUGGCUGCAGCGGCAAGAUUCGUUCAAGCAGAAGUUUGGGGACCUCAAUCCGGAAUCUGAUAACGAGAAGGCCGCCGAUAAACAGUAAUUUAAUUUUUCCGUGAGUUCUUCGACUAAUUGGACUGCGGUUGAGUUCGAUUAGCUCGAUCGUUGUGAUUAUUUUAUAUGUUUCGAAUGCUAAUUUGGAAGUUAAUGAUGAUGAUGUAGGAAAUUUCUAGUUUGAUUUUGGGUCGACUUGCUGAAACUAUCUAGGCACAGUUGCAGAUUUUGGAAUAAUUGUUGGAAAUAAUAAUGAUUUUAGCACGAA